GCUAUUGGUACAAAGUUGUGGCGUGAGCUAUAUUGACAAAGAUAAGUUAUUUGGUUUUUGGUGUGGCUUGGCUUGGUGGAGCAUGACUGAGAAACAUUGGAGGGACUUGUGGAAGUUGUUGGAGCAAGUGUAGGCCGAGAUAAGGGAAAUCCAUAAUACUGUGUUUUUUUGUGGCCAUUUGGUCGAUGAUCUAUGUAAUUGAUGACCGAGGGAUGGCGGUGGUUUACGAUGGUUGGGAGACUGAGGGAAAUAAAGAGAGAGGGAAGAAGAACAACAAAGAGAGAAAUAGAGAGAUGAUGAGAUACCUAGUUGUGGUUACCGACGAUGGUGUCUAUGGGGAGGGUGUGGGUGGUUAUCGAUGGAGGCUGAUGGCUAUUGUCGAUAGCGGACUAUGGUUGAUGUCUCUGGCAGCAACGAAGUCGUCGAGGAUAAAAGAGAUUAGGAGAGAGGUGUGGACAAAAUGUGAGAUUAUGAGAGAAGGGUUGGAAAAACUAAGAGUAAGAGAGAAAUACCUUCGAUUGUCACAUGGAUCACUGGCAUCACUAAGGUGUUGGGGGUCACCGGAGUUAGGUCCAGGUCUGGGUCUGGUGUUAGGUCCGGUUCGGGUUCGGAGUUGGGUUCUAGUCCAAAGUCAGGUGCGUGUGCGUGUGCGGGUUCAAGUCCGGGGUUGAGUCCGAGGUCUGGGUGUAGUGUAUUAGUACGUAUACUUUCUUUUUUUUUUUUGAAAAUAU